AUGAGGAUGGAGAAGGGUAAUGAGGGGGAGCCGUAUGAGGAGUGGCUGAAGUCACCUGCCGGACCUGCGAAGCAUCCCCGGCGCUGGACGCGGACAGCGGGCACGCACGCCGUUCCGGGCCCUAGGAGCCCUGGGCUGGGUGGGACAACCCAGGGCACCGCCCCGUUGUCCCGCCCCGCUGUCCCGCCCGCCGCCUUCCGGGCCGGCCGGCUCCCGCCUGCAGCCGCCGGGAUGCUGCUGACCCGGGCGGGCAGUGCCGCGGGCCGGGCCUUGCCACCGCUGGCCGCCCUGUGCCAGGUCCUGCGGCUGGAGCGGAGCCGCCGCACCGCCAUCGUGUUCCCGCUGCAGAAGCUGGAGCGGUACCUGGCUCCCGGUACCGACACGGCGCGGUUCCGCCUCUUCCAGCCGGGGCUGGCCGCCCUGCAGCGCGCCGAGGCGCUCUUCAGGUCCGACCGCGGGCACCCCAUCGACUGCGUGAGCUCUGCCGUGCGCAUGGACCAUGUCCCGCCGCUGGCCCUGCCCGAGGUGUGCUUCAUCGGCCGAAGCAAUGUGGGGAAAUCAUCUUUAAUCCGGGCCUUGUUUUCACUGGCUCCAGAAGUGGAAGUCAGAGUGUCAAAAACUCCGGGCCACACCAAGAAGAUUAAUUUCUUCAAAGCAGGGAAGUACUUUACUCUGGUGGAUAUGCCAGGAUACGGCUAUCGUGCCCCGCGAGACUUUGUUGAGAUGGUGGAGGCCUAUCUGCAGGAGCGGCGCAACUUGAAGAGGACUUUCCUAUUAAUUGACGGUGUAGUUGGACUUCAGAAAACAGACCACAUUGCAAUAGAGAUGCUGGAAGAGUUUGGGAUUCCUUAUGUGAUGGUGUUAACGAAAAUUGACCGAGCUUCCAGGGGAGUAUUGUUAAAGAACGUACUGGAGAUCCAGGAGUUUGUAAAGGAGAGCACCCAGGGAUGCUUUCCUCAGCAAUUCUUGGUCAGUUCUGUGGAGUUCACAGGGGUUCACUUGCUCAGGUGUUUUGUAGCCCAUGUUACUGGAAACCUGCCCACUGUUGAGGCCAGCUGAAAAGACCUGCUGAUCUGCUUGGCUCAUCAGGAACAAAAAGUAGGUGCAGCAGGAUAGCAUGCCUUGCUUGCAGACUCGAGUUGUCCCUGUUUCCCAAGGAUGAAGGAAAGAAUACAUCUUUAAAGGGAUCUGCUUUUCUAUGAGUGUUGGCUUGAAACAGAGUGGAAUAAAAGACUGACAUCUGGAGGA